GCAGCGGCUGGGCGAAGGGGCCAGAAUUGAGCACGGCCCAGUUGACCUAACGCGUGCCAGCUAGCCAUUUGCAGGACGUGAGAGCAUCUAGGGUCCCACGCAGCAGGCCCGGAAUGCUAACCUCAAGAAUUAUACCUUCAUCGGCUCACCGUAUACACGCACAGUCAUAAACACGCGGCGGUCCCUACCUCGCUCAGUCUUCCUGCACACAUACAAACGGGGCGCCCCUGCGCUGUUUUGCGACCCGAAGCAAAUAAUUUUGAAUAAGGUUUCUGUGGCAAAUACUUAGGGCUCGGCACGGCGGGAUAGGCUGGCUCGACUCGCGAUAGCUUGCCAAUGUCGCUCGUAGUCUAAAGCUCAGCUGCAUAUGGAAGAGGAAGAAGAGCUCUCGCACCACAGGCCCGGUGAUCAAGGAGGCGCCUCAAAAGCAGCCAGCGGGGAUGCGGGUCGAAUUGACGAUUACGCCGCGACGCCGGCGGGAGGCAAGAGCGCGCUGGACAAGGCCCGCGCGCCGCGCUGGACGACGCGUUGGAGCAGCGAGGAGUUGGCCCAGCUGGCGGUGCUGCAUGCCAGGCUGGGAAGCAAGUGGAAGGAUCUCGCCAAGCACUUCCGCAAACGCAGUGAAAGGGACGCCAAGAAUAUCUUCUACUCCCAGCAGCGCUGCAUCACCUCAGAUGACACAUCCAAUCUGGGUCGGGCCCUCCUGAAUGCCUAUGCGGCCGCGGUAAAGGACUGCUCCGGCGACGCCGCGGCCCGGACCGCUGCGCUGGCGGCGGCGCAGGAGCGCGUCGGCUACGUGCCUGGGCCGAUGCUGGAAGGAGACGAGGCCGGAGGGGCUGACGGGGGAGGAGGCGGAGGAGCAGGAGGAGGCGGAGCGGGUGCGGGAGUAGCGGGAGGAGCAGCGGGCGCCGACGCGUUUGAGAGUGGUGCCGCCGCCGGCGGGCCCGCGGUUGCGUCUGGAGGCAGCGGCCGUUCUAAAGGCAGUGACGGUGGUGCCGCCGGCGGCGGCGGCGCCGCAAUGAUGUUGCCAACGGCGGCGCUGGCGGCGGCCGCCGGCGGCAACAGCAGCGGCGACGGAGCCUCAGGUUCCAUGCUGAGCGGAAUCAUGAGCGGGCAUGGCGGCGGCAGUAGCAGUGGCGUGGCCACGGCCGCCGCCGGCAUCGCCGCUGGGGCUGCCAGCGCCGCCGCCGGCGCCGUCGCUAGCGGCGACGACAGUUCUCGGGCCGUCGCCGUUGUGCACGGGCACAGCGGAUUGCGACGCCCAAGCGGCCAGCUGCAGCGGCUGGGCUCCGCCUCGCCUCCGCCACCGCCGCCGCCGCCCGUGGGCUUGGGCGAGGAGCAGGAGGGGGAGGGCCCGGGCAUAAAUGCUGGGGUGCGGCGUGCAGCAGCGGAGGGGAGGCUGCAGUGGCAGCUACAGCAGCCAUCACUACUAGCGCCGCUGCCACCGCCGCGUGCCGGCGGCGCGGCUGCUGGGUCCAUGCCGCAACAACAGUCGCAGCAUAUUAUUAUUCCAGGCGUCUCGCCAGGCAAGCGCUGCCUCGAGCCACGCAUAGAGCCGCUAGGGGCAACUACCCAGCAGCCGCUGUCGGCUGUGGCCACGACCACCGCAGGCGCCGCCGCCGCCACUGGCGCCGCCGGCGCCGCCGCCGGCAUUCCAAGCGCUGCAGACGACGAGUCCUCCGUGGCCGCAGCUGCUGUGGCGGGAACUGCUGGCGGCGGCGGCUGCGGCGGCAGCGGCGGCGGCGGCGGCGGCGGCAGCGGCGGCGGUGGCGGCGGCCGCGGCGAAGAGUGGCGCCGGCAGCUACGGGAGCAGCCUCGUGGAUUGCUGGGCGGCUUCAACCAAGCCACCACGCCAGUGUCUCCAAUGUCGUUGUCGAUGAUGCCUGAUGAUCAACCGCUGCACGUUGAGUCCCAACCCCAGCGGCCGCAGACUCAGCAGCACCAGCAGCGGCAGCAGCAGUACUGGAGCGGUGGCGGCGGCGGCGGCGGCGGCGGCCAUAUGGGGCUGGCGGCAGCUGCUACAGCCGCCACGGGCGGCGGCGGCGGCAGCACACCGGGCAGUAGCAGCAGCAGCGGCGCUUUCGGCGCCCCGACAAGUACUCCCGCGCUGCUGUCCCCGACGGCGGCGCCGACACCACAUGUGAUGGCUAACGAUGGCGGCGGUGGCGGCGGUGGCGGCGGCGUCAGCGGAUCGUGGGAUCCGCGUGCGUUCAUGUUGCUUUCGGCCGAGGCCGAAGCUGGAGUAGCUGGAGUCACUGGCGGCGGCGGCGGUGGCGGCGGUGGCGGCGGCGGUGGCGGCAAUGGCGGCGGUGGUGGCGGCGAUGCUGCCUGGGCAGCCGCCGGCUGGGCGCUCCCAGGCAGGGCGGUGACCGCGGACGGCGCCGGCGCCGGCGUCGGCGCCAGCUGCAGCUUCGGUGUCGGUACUGGCGUCGGCGGCGGCGCCAGCUGCAGCUUCGGUGUCGGUACUGGCGUCGGCGGCGGCGCCAGCUGCAGCUUCGGU